AUUUCGUCGAACACGGUUGAGUAAAUGCCACGUCUGAGCAGCAGCAUCGACGCAGACAGAAACAUUUGAACGUUUUUGCACACAAGACGGAUAAUUAUUUAGUGGAAAAAAGCAAGCAGAUACCUUGGACAUUAACUGGGGAUAAUAUGGGCUGUUUACGUCUACUGGCACUGACCACGUCUGCAGUGCUGCUGUUAUCCUCCCAUCCGGCCAGCGCUCACAGCCAUUCCCAUGGCGACCACGGACACGCCCACUCGCACGACCACCACGGCCACUCCCACGGAGACGAGGACCACGCUCACGGCGCUCAGGUGAAGAUGUUCCACGGAGCCAGCAAGUGGAGCGCCGAGGCCAACGUUCCUCUACAUGAAGAGGAGCAUGACCAUCAUCAUCAUGGUCACGGACACGGACACGAUCACGGGCACGGACACGAUCACGGGCACGCCCACUCUCAUGAUCACGGGCACGGACACGAUCACGGACACGGGCCGGAGAGAACCAAGAGGGAAGCAGAUGGAGAGAAGAGGGACUUGGUGGAGCUCUGGACACAGGCUAUUGGAGCCACGUUGCUGAUCAGCGCAGCUCCUUUCCUCAUCCUGUUUCUGAUCCCAGUUCAGUCCAACAGCGACCAGCACCAGAACCUGCUCAAGGUUCUGCUCAGUUUCGCCUCCGGUGGAUUGCUGGGCGACGCCUUCCUGCACCUCAUCCCACACGCUCUUGAGCCUCACUCUCAUGGACAAGAAGAUCACGGACACUCGCAUGAAGAUGUACAUGAAGACCCCGAGGAUCAUGGUCACUCUCAUGGAGCCGCCCACGGUCACAUGAUGUCGGUCGGUCUGUGGGUUCUCGGUGGGAUCAUCGCAUUCCUGGUUGUAGAAAAGUUUGUCCGUCUGCUGAAGGGAGGACACAGUCAUUCCCACGGACACUCGCACACUGCACCCAAAGAAAAGGACAGUGAUGGAGAGGAAGAAAAAGAAAAAAAGAAGAAAGACGAGAAGCAAAUGAAAAGUGCAAAAGAGCCAAAGAAGGAGGAGAAAAAGACCACAGAUAUCAAGGUGUCAGCCUACCUGAACCUGGCUGCCGACUUCACCCACAAUUUCACGGACGGUCUGGCCAUUGGCGCGUCGUUCCUGGUCAGUCCAGCAGUGGGCGCCGUCACCACCGUCACCAUCCUGCUGCACGAGGUCCCGCAUGAGAUCGGAGACUUUGCCAUCCUGAUUCAGUCUGGCUGCACCAAGAGGAAGGCCAUGUGUCUGCAGCUGCUGACGGCGUUGGGAGCUCUGGCCGGCACAUCCUGCUCUUUACUGGCCGAGGGCGUCGGCGCCACGGCCACCGCCUGGAUCCUGCCCUUCACGGCCGGGGGGUUCGUUUACAUCGCCACGGUGACGGUGCUCCCCGAGCUGCUGGCCGGCCGCUCCAGCUUCGGCCAGUCUCUCAUGGAGAUCCUGGCUCUGCUGUUCGGCGUGGGCAUGAUGGUGCUGAUCGCAGAGUACGAGUGAGGCGCCGCACCUGGACUGAAUUUUUUUUUAAUUCCAAAAGACAAGGAGGGAGAGAACAGAAAGCCUGAAUGUGGGGGAAAGGUUUUCAGUAGGGUUCAAGUGGAUUAUUUGUUGCCAGCGGUAUGUCUUCUUGUUUUGUUUUUAAGUUCUGUUUUGGGGGAAAAAGGACCAAAUGAUUGAAAAUUGCAGAUUUUUGUUGUUUUGUGUUUUUCACGGGCACACCCCUGAUUUAUUUUACUGUAUCUUAAUUGAGAUAAUGGUCAAGUCUUUGAAAGGACCUGGAAAGAAACACAUGAACGGAAAAGUAUGUUAAAAGGAAGAGGAGGAUUCUCGCAGCUCUCACUUGUGUGGAUCAUCCGUCUGCAGCUCAACACUGACAACAACUCGCAGCUUCCACAGCUUACGUAAAUGAACUUUUCCUCUUAUCACACCAUCUUUUCUAUCUUUAACCAAAUUGCUGGUCCUCAGAUCUUCAUUUCAGAGUUGGUUCAGUUAAGGAGCACUAAGAAGUUCCCCUUUUCCAUGUGAAGAUACUGAAAGUCUGUAUUUUUUACGUAAAUAAGUACAUGGUUUCUGCUAAUGUGCCCAGAAUGGAAUCUCACUGAAUUUCAAGUGAUAGUUUUUUUUUCCAUGUUUUUUUUUUUUAACUGUUAUUUUAACAUUCCAGUUUAAAAUAUUGUUUUCCGAAUAGUUUUUUUUCUUUUAUUUUAAAAUAUAUAUAUUAUUAUUAAUAUUAUUAUUAUGGUUUCCGAUGGUAAAACAGUAAAAACACUUGCGGCUGUGCUGGACGUCCCCAAUAAAGGUUUAUUAUUUUCUAAACCACUUUUCAGCAUAUUCAAUCAUUAAAUACGUGCCCUGAAAAGGUUUCACGGUUCUACUUUGAUACAUGUGGUUAAGCACGUACCGUACACGCCACCUCAGUUCUGAGGUUUCAUGUAUCAGGACAUAAGUAAUGUACUGCUUCUGCAUUUUGAUUUGUUUCUGCCAAUAAAUGAUAAAUGUUUA